AUGAUUGACAAAAAUUCAUCCACAUUUGAAUUUAUUAGACAAAAUGUUGAAGAUGAUUUAAAGAAAUCUCAAUGGAAUACACAAAGAAUUCGAGAUGUUAUUAACAAGAAUAAUUCAUCGGAAUCUCGCACAGCGGUUGAACAUGCAUUUCGGUCAAUUCUCUUCAGUUUAAUGGAACAACAAUUGGAAACAACUCAUGGAACAAAUCUUGAUGAUAUGGAAACAUCAACAUUUGUUACUGAUCAAUUUCUAACAAAUGUUCGAAAUUUAAUUGGAUAUGCUAUCGAAGCCGUUCAUAGUGAACUUGCAGCAGCAACAAUGCCUGUUUAUAUGUUUAAUGAUCUAUUUGCUUAUACAACUAUUGAUAUAAGUGAACGAAUAUUUGUUGUGAUGGAAGAAAAAGCUACUAUUUGGCGAUCAGCUACCUUUUUUCCAUCAGUAAAAAAUGUGCUUUUACGAAUGUGUAAUGAUCUAUUGAAACGUUUAUCAAAAACUCAGAAAACUGUAUUUUCUGGACGUAUUCUGACAUUUUUAGCACAAUUAUUUCCACUUAAUGAAAAAUCUGGUCUGAAUCAAAUCGGUCAUUUUAACACUGAGAAUGUUACUAAACUUACGAAAACUAAAUCAGCCAUUUCACCAGUCGAAGAACCUGAAAAAGAAAAAAAAAUGGAAGUCGAUGAAGAUGGUGAAAUUCAUGAUUUACACCAAAAAAGUUCAGCUGAACUCUAUACAAAUUUUUGGACAUUACAAGAAUUUUUUUCAAAACCAUUUCAACUUUGGGAACGAACAUCAUGGAAUACUUUUGUACAUAAUACAAAUCAAGUACUUGAUGGUUUUACAAACAAUCAAUUAGAUACGAUUAAAACUGUUGCGUCAACAGAUGAUACUUUCUUUGCAAAAUAUUUAACAAGUGAAAAAUUACUGGAAUUACAAUUGAAUGAUGUAACAUUUCGACAAAAUAUACUCGUUCAAUUUUUAAUUGUAUUUCAAUAUCUUAUUUUACCUGUUAAAUUCAAACAACCACAACAAACACUUAAUGAUGAACAAUCUCAAUGGAUUAAAAAAACAACAAAUCAUAUAAAUGAAUUAUUAAAACAAACUGGAACAAAUGCGGAUAUAUUUACUGUUUCUAUUCAACAUAUACUUAAACGAGAAGAAAUGUGGAAUCUUUGGAAAAAUAAUGGUUGUCCUGAUUUUUCAAAAACUAAAAUUGAUCUUAAAAGAAAAAGUUCAACACAAACUAAUGAACCUUAUCGAUUAUCUGAUAGUAUUCGACAAUCGAUUCAACAAGCCUCUAAACGUCGUGCUAUGAAUUUUGAAGAAUUACGAAGUCCUAGUCAACAAUUUAUUCCAUCAAUUCGUGAAUUUUUCGAACCAAUUAUUGAUCAACUACAAGCCAUUCCAGCAAAAGCUUCGCCAAAUGAUUCAACCGAUACUAAACAAUCAUCAACAGCAACAGAACUUGAUAAAGAACGUGAAAAAUUUUUACAACAAGAUCCAUCACUUGUCUGGCGUGCAUUACGUUUAUUAGCUCGUCAAUCGCCAUAUUUUUUCGUUCAUAAUACUCAAACUGUUCCAAGUAUGGCACAAUUUCUUGUAACAACAUGUGAAAAAAUUCGACGAGAAUAUAUGACUUCAGCAACAGCGAUAGCACCAACAACAAUUGCGGCUCCCACUCCUCCACCAGCAACAUCAACAACAAAUGCUGAUGAAGAAGAUGAAGAUACAACAAUGGAUGAUGAACCAUUAGAAAAUCCACCAAGUGCAGGUGACCCAAACAAUACUGAUCAAGAAAUUGAAGAAGAAGCAACAACAACAUCGUCGAUGCCAAAAGUUGAAGAAGACGAUGAUGAUGAUAAUCGUGAUAGACGAUUUGCAUCAAUUAAACGAACAUCUAUAUAA